AUGCUGCUGACCCACUCGCUGCCGCCGAUGCCAUUACAGCGAUCAAACUCUUCACCAAGAGGUUACAAUGUUCAAGAUUUCUUAGGAGGAUACCUGCAGGUUUUUUUGAAAAUUCCUUACGCAUCCCCACCGGUCGGAGAUCUUCGAUUCAAACCCCCUGAGGAACCAAGACCAUGGAGUGGGAUUUUGGAUGCUACAGAGUUGGGACCUGCCUGUCCGCAGUCUCCGACUGAGUUACCUUUCAAAAUCAACCGCACAAGUGAAGAUUGCCUCUACCUCAAUGUCUACGCACCAGUCGGGACAGGCAACAGUCCUCGAUCUCUGCCCAUUAUGGUUUACUUUCACCAUGGUUCCCUCCAGUCUGGGGCAGCUGGGGCACAUGACAUGAAGAAUCUUGCAGCAUAUGGACAGGUUAUAGUGGUGGAGUUCAACUAUCGCCUUGGGCCUUUUGGCUUUCUCAGCACCUUGGAUGUAAAUGCUCCUGGCAAUCUUGGUUUCUUGGACAUGACCAAAGCUCUUCAGUGGAUACAACACAACAUCCAGAACUUUGGGGGAGAUCCUAGCUCCAUCACAUUGUUUGGAUAUGGGGCUGGGGGCUUAGCAGUGAGUUAUCUGCUUUUGUCGCCUUUAUCCAGAGGCCUCUUCCACAGAGCCAUCUCCAGUAGUGGCAAUGCUUUGGUGCCAGAUUUCAUCGGAAAGCCUGGUAGCUUUGACCCUCUUGUUGCCAGCCAACAACUGGCCAAAGCACUGGAUUGUCCAACCGAUAAUAACGUGAAGAUGGUGGAAUGUCUCCAAACAAAACCAAUGGAAUCAUUUUUUGAUGCCCCAAUGCCCAAGUCAAAGCAUGGGCCAAAGUUCCUUCCUGUUGUCGAUGGAGUUUUCUUACAAGAGCUACCUCAGGAGUCACUCCUCAAAGGAAACUAUAUGAAAGUUCCUUAUAUUAUAGGACUUACCAACGAUGAGGCAGGGGUUCAGCUAGUCGACCUUUUCGGUAAUGAUGAUGGAAUUACAACUGAGACCUACCUUAAGCUGGUGUCGGACUAUGCCUAUAGUCAUUUCCGAUACAAUCCAUCCCAGAUUGCAGAUGUUAUCAGCUAUUCUUACAGAGACUUCACGUGCCCAGAUGACCCAGGUGCCCUCAGAGAUGGCUUCAGAGACUUGGUUCAGGACCACAAAUGGUUGACACCGAGUUACCAGUUAGCAGAUCAACACUCAAGCAGGGCAGAAACAUUUCUGUAUAUUUACAGGCAUCAGUAG